GCCCCUGCUGUUAUAGAUGGAACGCGCUGCAAUUCCGAUUCCCUGGAUAUCUGUAUCAAUGGAGAAUGCAAGCAUGUAGGUUGUGAUAACAUUUUGGGCUCAGAUGCCAAAGAAGACAGGUGCCGAGUAUGUGGGGGAGACGGAAGCACUUGUGAAGCCAUAGAGGGAUUCUUCAAUGAUUCACUUCCCAGAGGAGGCUACAUGGAAGUCGUUCAAAUUCCACGAGGUUCAGUUCAUAUUGAAAUUAAAGAAGUUGCCAUGUCUAAGAACUACAUCGCUCUCAAAUCUGAUUCAGAUGACUAUUUUAUAAAUGGUGCCUGGACAAUAGACUGGCCAAGAAAAUUUGAUGUCGCUGGAACAGCAUUUCAUUACAAACGCCCAACUGAUGAACCUGAA